AUGUUUCCUAGAAUUUCAAAAUUUUCAAAUGUCUCAACUACAUCCUCAAACAUUAAUUCAAACUCUACCGCUUCAGGAAAUACCUAAUAAAGGAGAAAUGAUAGUUCAAAUAUAAGAAAUUUACUUUUCGGAGGCUAUGAAGAACCAGUUUCAUAAGGGAUGGUGUAAGCUACUCCUCAAUAACUAAACAAUAAGAUUACAAAUGAAUCUACUAGCACAAUAGACCACACUCCUACUACUAAGUAAAACAAUCAAAGUCACAUAGAUAUAAAACAGAACUAAGCACUUUAAAAUAUGGAGAUGAUAGAGAAUAAACUGAACUCUAAAUUGGAAGAAAUUGAAAAAAUGUUCGUUGAUAGAUAAGGAUCUGCUAAAAUUUCUAGUCCUUUAGUCUAAGGAGGUCUAUAUCAAAUUGAAAACCAAAAUGUAACUUUAGAUUAAUUUGAUGAGGUAGCUGAAUAAUCUAAAGUACAAUAAAAGGGUGGAAAGAAGGAGGAAAAAAAAGUGCCGGCUAAGAGACAGGCAAGUGCAAAUAAUAGGAAAGUAGCACUUCCAGAUAAAAAGCCACCUUAAAGACAACCCUCAUUGAAUUAAUAGUAGAGAGCACAAUAAUUUUUAGAAUAGCAGAUGCAAUCAAAGAGCAAGGCUAAUUUCAACCCAUAGAAAUAAAUCGAGCCUGAUUAAAACAUUAUUAAGAAUGCUAGAGCAACUGGCAUGAUUAAUCAAGAUUUAACUUAAAAUAAGUUACCUCCGAGAAAUGGACCUGUCAAAGCAAAAGAGCAAUUUAUGACUAAUUUGAUUAGUAACAAUAUAGAGGAUUCUUAGUAGUUAUCAGAAAUUUCAAUGCAUGAUUAGAGAACUCCUUAAUAAAUUAAACAAAUAAAUACUUAAACGAGCAAAAAGGAAAUUAAAACAAUAUAGCCAUAGCAAAGUGCAAAUAAUGUUGAAUUUGAAAAUUUAAUUGAAUAAAUGGAUCGAUAAUUAUAAUUAAAAACUACAGAGAAUACAAAGUUAAAAAAGAAAAUAACUUCUCUUGAAAAAUAGAUUGUUGCUCUAAAGUAAGAAAAUGAUAAAUAAAUUGCAUUACAAACUGCUCUCACAAAAGACGGUGGUCCUAUUGAAAACACAGAUGAAAGAAGAAUAAUGAUUUUAAAAGCAUAAAACGGUUAACUAACCAAGCAUAAUGCUUAUCUCACUGAGACUCUGAAAAACUAAAAGAAAAUUAUGAUUGAAGUUGAUCACAUUUUAACUGAUCUGACAACAAUGUGUAAAUCUUUAGAUUUAGCAAAAUAAUUAGCUUAAGGUAUGAAAAAAAGACUUAAAUCAACUUCUCAAGUGGAAUAGAAAGACUUUAAUGCUAGGAGGUUUGAACAGGACAACCCAUUCUAUAUAACCAAAUAAGAUACUUAGUUUGCGAACAAAUACGAGGCAGAUGAUGAAAAUGGAUAAUAAAAUGUUAUAUUCACUGAAUAAAAAUUAGCCCUAUUACUUGAGAACUCUAUUGAUCUAUAUCAAAGAUGCUUUCUUAAAAAUAAGGUUCCAAAUUCAAACUAAUUCCUCAGAUUUUGUGAAGAUCUUAGACAGAGUGUUGAGUCAUUAUUGCUUCUUGGUAUAGCAAUUAACCCAGAUGAUUCAUAGGAGGUGUCAUUGGCUGAUAGAAGUAAGCACUAGGCUUUGAGAGACUAUGUUGAAAGAAAACUUAUCACAAAGAUCCAUCUAGACAAGCAUGUGCUGAUUACUAAGUCUCAUCCUAAGACUUGCAAAAUCAUGAAUAGAGAAUUAGUGGACCAUCUUAAUGAUGUAGCUUUUUGGAACAAUAGCAAAAAAUCAGAAAAAUAACAGGAGUUGUAGAGAUUUGUAAGCAAGGUCUAGUAGGGUGAGCUAGGCUAUCUAAUUGAAAUUUAUUUGAAGCAGUAAUAGAUUAAUAUACUCAAAGCUUAGUUCGGAAAAAUAUUCAAUCAUCUAAACAUUCUAAAAUAAUGGUUUAGGAAGCAUGUUACCUCUGUGAUAAUAGAAGAUGUAAGGUUUAACGUAUACGAGAAAUUCUAGGAUCUAGAGAAUAUUUAUAGAGAAGCUGAUGAAGAAAAUCUAUAAGCAUCCUAAGUCAAGUUAUGGUCUGUUUUCAAUUUACAUUAUUCUGAUAUGAUGAAGGGGUUAAGGAGGGUAGUUAAUAUUGAUGAGAAUCAAAUAACUGGAGGAUUCAAUUAUAGAGAGUAAGAGGAAGGUGAAAUAGAUAUUAAAACCAGUGAUGGCUACAUUGAAAAAUUAUCUAGAGCUUUUGAAUAGAGAUUUGAUGAAGCUAAAGAGAUUAUUAUGAACUGGACAGAAAUAUCUAAAACUUAAAAAUUCUGA